AUGUCACAUUACGAACGAGACAGCCCUCGCGAGAGGGAACUGCAGCUGAGACAUCAGCACUCAGCAUCAUCUUCUGACCAUAACAUGCGGGCUUUGGUACCAAUGUGGGAUAGCUCAGAUCCUGAUCGGGCGCCCCCGCCACUUCCUCUGAACCCGCAGUCUCCCGCCACCUCUCGUGUGGGAACCUCAAGUGCCAUCCAAUCUGCACAUGCGGCGCUGAACGAGCGUGCCCGCGAGGCUAAUGCUCUCGUCCCGGCCGUCACAAAACGUAUCGACCACUCCCCCGAGCGAGCGCUGGUCAAGGGCAACCAUAGCCAUCGGCGGAUGCAGUCUCUGCAGCCCGGAACUGUGCGAGACAUGAGUUUAAUGAUCGAAAGCAACUCGAACAGUCCGGCUACUUCGCCUACAAAGCUCGCAGAAAAGCUUCACAGAGAACAAGCAAGGUUUUCGACUCCGACACCCAGCCCAAAGAAGUCGGAUCUGGAAAGAGAGUUUGAUGCUAUAUCAAUCGACAAGGACUUCAUGAGCGGUAGUCCCGUCCCCGGACCUAGCCUUACACCGAUUGUACGCCCGGUAGUACGUCGUCCGCAAACACAGAGCAUCCUGGGAGAAAACACUCCACCUCAGUCAUCCACGAUGCUGGCGCUCCAGAACAUGGGUUCUCCCCCCCCAUUGAAGGAGGCCGAACCUCGCAUUUCCAACAUCACCAAUGGCGCAGUUCCUCCCGCCAAUGGCGCCCCGUCAUUCGAGCAGAUCUCAGAACAGAUGAUCAGUCUCACCAACAUCGCUACAUCCCUGCAGAAGGAGAUGGCCCAGCUGAGCAGGCGAAGCAGAGACAAUGCUACCGAUCUCCUCAGUCUCAAGGAAGCUACUAACAACAGAGACGAGGACAUCAGGAAGAGCCUCAAAGAUUUGCUGAGUGGAGUUAGCGAGACAUCUUCCAGACUGACCUCGAAUCAUUUUGGAGGCUUGUUCCUUGACAAUAAGCCCCAUGAUAAUUCGCCUGGUCGAUUCCAGCUUCCCCGGAUUCCAUCACCUAAAAGCUUUUCCGACUCCUUUGAAAGGGCCUCCAUUAGCACACCAUCACUGGCUGGUGGCGAGAGCACAACGUCUAUCGCUCUCUUGGAGAAGAUCAUUCGGGAAAUGGGCACAAAGGAAGGACAAGAUGCUCUGAUUAGUCGAUUAACGGAGGUUUCGCACCUUGUUAGCGGUAUGGCCACGGCUACCAAGGUAGAUGAGCUCCUUGAGCAAGUUCGUCAUCAGUCAGAGAGCGCCGUUAUUCACGACAAUCGAAGCGUCGCGAGCCGUGGCCGCAACCUCAGCAGCGGCGAAGAAAGCAACGUGAGUGCCGAUAAGUCUAGAAACCAUGGCAUCGUUUCCCAGCGACUUGACCAGAUCCUUCACAACGGUGAGGCACGUGCACCAGCUGGACGGGAACUUCUAAACGAAGAUUUGAUCAAGAUUAUUCGAUCUGUCAAAGAUAGCGUUGCCCAAGGUGGCGGCCUCACAGCCGAGGUCAAGGCCCUUGUACGGGAAUUGCGAGGCGAGGUUUUGGGUAUGGGUCGUGAGAUCGGCAAGCGCCUUGAGCAGGUCAGCCAAAAGGGAAUCGAGGACACGGAGCCCCCAAGCAAGGACGAGGUCUCUCGUGUCAUCGACGAAGGUCUGGAGCAGAUGAAGGACCAACUCAAUCAUGUUUUGCGUGAGCACCGCCGUCAAUCUGCUCAGUCCGCCGCAACAGCCAAGACUCUAGUUGACUACAACGAGAUUUAUAACGCCAUGCGAACCGCUCUCAAGGACAACGAGGCCUCGCGCCACGACAUUCCCGAUCUUAGCAGAGAUGACGUGAUUGAUGCAGUAAGAGAUGCUUGGGAGACUUAUAAGCCAGAGAUUGAAAUUCAGCAAAUCGGUCUUGAACGCGACGAAGUUCUUGCCUGUCUUCAAGAAGGACUCCGGGAGUAUGCGCCUCGAGAUGAACGACCUGUAGGCGCUACUCGGGAAGAGGUUUCUAGGGCAGUCGUAGAAGGCCUCAAGCACUUUGUUCCCCCCCAAAUGGACACGCCUGCUAGCUUGUCUCGCGAUGAGAUAAUCGAAGCUGUCCGAGACUGCCUGGAAGAGUUUGAAUUCCCAAUUGCCCCAUCAGCCGUGGGCAAUGACCUCAGCCGGGAGGAUAUGGUCUAUGCUGUUAGGGAAGGGCUUAGUGACUUUGAUCUGCCGAAGGUUGGGGCCGUGGUUCCUCAUUCCAACAACAAUGAACUUCUUUCGAGGCUCGAAGACAUGAUCGGAUACAUCAAGUUGGAGUUCAAGGCUGUUUCCCAAGAAGCCAAGGACAACGUUGCUGCCAAUGGUCGUGAUACAGAGCAGGUUCUUGAUGCAACCAAAGACGGCCUCGAGAACUUGAGAAUCGCCAUUGAGAGUUACGUCGAUCGUGUGGCAGGCCAUGAUGAUCACGAUGAUCUUAAGCAUGAAAUUCUCAACUCCAUGGAGACGUUUAAGGAGGACAUUGCCGUUCUCGUGUCUCAAUCCAUGGAAGCAUCAAGCCGAGUAACGGACCAAGAAGACGACCUAAAACAGGAACUGCUUAGAUCUAUGGGCACGUUCAAGGAGGACAUCGCAGUUCUUGUAUCACAGUCCGCGCAGGAUGCUCCUCGGGAGCUACCUGGCCAGGAUGAAUUCAACCAGGAGCUGAUGAGAUCCAUGGACUCCUUCAAGGAAGAACUCUCUACGUUCAUGACCCGAUCAUCUGAGUCGUCUCGGGAACAGCUGCAAACAGAGCUUGAGGGACUUCGUGAGAUUGUAAACUCCUCCAUGGUCCCUGCUACACCGCAGCAGGGAAAUAAUAAGGAGGUUCUUGAGGCUCUGCAUACCGCCGUUAAUAGUAUCCGACAAGAGAUUUUACGCCCCCGAAAUGAAACGACCGAAAUUAUCGAUGCCCUCAAUGAAGGAUUGAACGACAUCCGCGCCGGCAUUGACAGGAUGAGCAACAAACCUACGGACUUGACGGCUAACGACGAAAUUUUGGAAGCACUCAAGUCGGGACUGGACUCUGUCAGAUCCGACAUCGAUAGCAUUCGAGAAAGCAGUAACGACAGGGCGGUUGCAGCCGUGGGAAGACCUACUGAUAUCGACGAGCAAGCCAUCGUCCCUGUAGACAUGGUUAAGCAGGACGAUAUCAAAAACCUUGAGGUUCUUAUCACCCAACUCCGAAUCAAGGUUGAAGCUAUGGAACCCGAGCCCGCAAGUGAUCACAAGGAGGACUUCUUCCGCCUCGAAGAAAUGCUUGGAAAUAUGCAGAGGCAGGUUGAAGAGCUUGGAUCUCGCGAGAUGCCUGUACCUGUACCUGUACCUGUCCCUGCGCCUGCGCCUGCUCCCGCACCUGCCGCUGCGGCUGAGGCAUCGGUGCCCCGAUCUGUCGAUGCCGAGGCUCCUGUCGCACCACUAAGUGGUGAUAUUGCUUCCAAGGAGGAUGUUGAAGCCAUCGAGACCAUCUUGCGCAACACCAAGGCUCGUUUAGAUGACUUGAUUGAUGGCGACCAGGCUAUCCGGAAGGAGCACUUGGAUGCCAUCGAGACCCUGACCCUGGAAACUCGUGAAAGCAUGCGACUAAUGGGCGCUGACAUGGACGCCAUCCCUCGCAAAGAAGAUCUCUCCAACAUGGAAACUCUCGUUACUGAGGUCAGGCUUGGCUUUGAGGAGCUUAGAGAGAAGAUCAUCAAGGACGAGGAAGAUCAAAAGGAAGAUCCCGAGAAGGUCACAAAGACCGAUAUCGAGGCUGUCGAGACUGUUGUCCUUGAGAUGAAGAAUAUGCUUGAUGGAGAAUUACCGAAGAAGGAAGAUUUUGUCGACUUCACUAAAAAGGAGGAUCUUGUUGAGUUUGCCAAGAAGGAUGAUCUCGCGGAUAUCACCAAAAAGGAAGAUCUUUCUGAACUGACUAAGAAGGAAGAUGUUGCAGACCUGGCGAAGAAAGAAGAUCUUGCCGAUCUCGCGAAGACAGAGCAUCUUGUAGACCUCGCGAAGAAAGACGAUCUUGCUGAUUUCGCACGGAAGGAAGACCUGGCCGAUAUUUCGAAGAAAGAAGAUUUGACGAAUCUUGAGAUCAUGCUCAGUGAAGCCAAGGAGAAACUUGAUACCCACAAUGAUUCUACGAAGGAAGCUCUGGAAAAGCGGCAAGAGGAGAUCAAUGGCGUAAGCGAGAAAGUUGCCGAAGUCAAGGUCUUCCUCGAGGAAUUCCAGGAGGUUCUCAAGACAAAGCUCGACGACGAAGCUACCGGUGUCGAGGCUCUCGGCAAACUUCUUGAGGGAAUGGGCGAGAAGGUCGACAAGUCUGAGAACGUCCCCACCGACCUGAAAGAGAUGUUUGAUACUAUGAAGGCUGAAUUCGAGGACUCUAAAACUAUCUUUGCUGGAGCCAAGCUGGAGUCUGACGAGAAGCUCCAAGAAGCACGAGACAGUCUUGGUGUCAAGAUAGACGAGAAGAUGGGAGAAUUGAUCGCCAAGUACGAUGAAUUUCAAACCGUGCUGGAUGAAAGAAACAAGACCGCCGAAGCUCGAGACAUCGUUACCGAAGCUGCAGUCGUGGAUACUAAGGCAGUCGCUGAAGAGCUCAAGCUUCUGAUUGACACCCUUGGUGCUUCUGUAACCGAAUCGGUGGAUAAGAUGGAAGAGGCGUCUCAGACCGUUUUCGGUAAAGUCGAGGAGCUCGUUACCCGAAAUGAAGAGAACCAUACAGAGGAUAAGUCCGAGCACCAGCAGACUCGAGACCAACUUCAGCAAGCUGUCACAGUAGUCGAAGGUAUACAGAAUGACUUCAAGGAGACUCAGCCAAAGGUCAUGGAAUCUAUUCAAGCUCUUCUUGAGUUGGUUCACCAGCACUUUGAGCACUCCAAGGCAUCUACAACCGGUAUUGAAGACAAGAUCAUCGAAGCCAAGUCAGACAUGUUGCUUUUGCCACCUCCUGAAAAGUUUGAUGAUACCCAAAUUCAACAGAAGCUUGACAGCCUGGUUGAGUUGAAGUAUGAUGAUAGCGGCCUUCGACACAUGAUCGAAAAACUCUCCGAACUGAAGUACGACGAUACAGAACUCCGACAGAAGCUAGAAGAGUUGAAGUAUGAUGACAGUGGACUUCGAGAGAGGCUUGAAGAACUCAAGUUCGACGAUACUGGACUCAAGGAGAAGAUCGAGGAGAUCAAGUACGAUGAUACUGGCCUCCGAGAGAAGCUCGAAGAGUUGAAGUAUGAUGACAGUGGACUCCGAGAGAAACUUGAAGAACUCAAAUACGACGAUACUGGUCUCAAGGAAAAGCUUGAAGAACUUAAGUACGACGAUACUGGCCUUAAGGAGAGGCUCGAAGAGAUCAAGUACGACGACACUGGCCUUCGAGAGAAGCUUGAAGAGUUGAAGUAUGAUGAUACUGGACUUCGAGAGAAACUUGAAGAACUUAAGUAUGAUGAUGCUGGGCUCCGAGAGAUGCUCGAAGCUCUCAAGUAUGACGACACUGGACUCCGCGAAAAGCUGGAAGAGCUGCAACAGCUCAAGUAUGACGAUAGUGAAGUUCGUGAGAAGCUCGACAAGCUGGCGGAUGUCAAGUACGAUGAUACUGAGAUUCACGAGAAGCUUGAUACCUUGGUGUUGAUGAGGUACGACGACACCGAGGUCCGCGAGAAGCUCGACAAGCUGUCCGAGGAGAAGUACGACGACAAAGUCGUGCACGAGAAACUCGACAAGCUCGUCGAUUACAGCAACUCAACUGAGCAGGCCUUCGUUCAGCUGCAGACUCUAGACAAGGUCCAUCAAUCUGUUGUGAAGACAGCUGCGGAUAUCUCCAACUUCUUGUCAUCACAAACUCAACGCAUCGCCGAUGAUCACGAAGAAAAGGAGAAGACGCUUCAGGACUUGAUAACUUCGGUUGCGCGAAGGCGGGCGGAGAAGGAUCACCUGGAUGCAGCCAUCGCAAGCCUCAGAGAUGAAGAGGAGCGACUCCACGGCAGCAUCAUGAGCUUGAGAACUGAACAGGAGAGUUUGAUUCGCCAGAAAACCCGCCUCACCGGAGAUGUCUCCUCACUGGAGACGGCAAUGCGCCUCCGCAAGGAAGAUCUCUCUGAGAUGGAGUCGCGGGCAGAGAAGUUGGAGCGCCGCAUUCUCGAGGGAGUGAUGGACCACUCUCGUGUUUUGAUCAUGUCUAAAGCUACCAAGAGCGGUGGCGAUUCUAUGAACCGCAAGCGGGUUAAGAAGACCGCUGUUGUUGCUGAAGACUCGACGACGCCAAAAGCUUCACCUAGACCUGUGAUGAACAUGGCUCUUUCUGGCAAGCGUAACCUGGCCCCUCCCGGACAAGGUGGUGUUGCGAGAAGAAUCGCUUCACUUGGCCAGAUCACCAACAAUGUGGCGUCUGGUGGGGUGAAGAGAAGCCAGAGUGUCAGGACUCCAGCCGGUAGUAAAGCAUAUCGGAAACGGAGCUGGGGUGGUGAUAUCGGCCUCGGCGACACAGACAAGGAGAACAUGAGUGUCAGGGAGACGGUUGAGGAAGUUGAUGAGAAUGAGUCCCCUGUUGUUAUUGAUGAUAGGGUGGACGAGAAUGGAGAUGAUAUAUUGGGCGACGAUCAGAGUGACGCAGGCACACUCCGUCGCAGUAGUCGAGGGCAGCACGCCGAGUCGGAGGCUGGUGACCCGGCGAACGAAUGGACAGAAAGUUCAGUUGCCGGGACGGGGACCAGCGCUGAAGAGAGCGAGAUGGUAGCAUAA